ACCUGCUCCAAGUGAGUGAGUUAACACGAGGAGUCGCUGACAGGAUACAGACUAUUUUGCCACGUUAGUAAGGUAGGACAUUCCUAAUUUUUGCUGUACGGCGGGGAGAGAGCAGAGACAACGCCAUAUGUAUUCGUUUAUGGAGGGCGUACUUUCCUAAUUAAACUGACUGACAGAGUUAGCAAUAAUGUUGUUUGUACUUUUAAUUAUACUUUUUAAUAGAGAAUUCCUCAGUCUUUGUUUCAAGUAAAGAAGCUCCGAUAUCAGGAUUUAUUGCGUCAAACACCCUAAAUAGCAAUUGUUAAACUCCAAAAUGAAGUUCUUUUAUUGAACAGGAAUUGAAAUGCCCUGCGGACGGUGCCUCCAGGAAUACCACCUAACGUUAAACAUACCACAAGGGGGGGAUCCCUUCUUGGGCAUUGUCUCACAGAUUUCUUAGUAAAUCCCACUCAAAGGGGUUAUAUAUUAAACAGUGAAUAGGGGCGAAUUGAAAACAAAAUUUAGAAUGAAUUCUGAAAACAUUUAAAAUAGUAAAUGAUCCCACGUCAAAUAUUUUACAUUUCUGCUUUAUUAAUUUGUGUGGCGAACCUGUCAGACCUCACUGUUUAGUGAAAUAUGCCCUUAACACCAAAUUAUAGUGAAUUCAGUGGUUUAUUAAACAUUUUAUGCAACAUAUGCUGACUGGAAAAAUUCUUUAACUCACCUACAGUCACAACUUUCCGAGUUUAGCAAUUAAACCCCAGUGUUGACGAAAAUCAAACAUCUGGAAGGAACUAAAUAAACUCUGAUAAACUAAGAUAAAUUAAGAUAAAAGUAAUUCUUGAGUGUUUAAUAAUCACAGUUUUUCUCCAGACAGACAGUGAAAUGUACUCCACUCACUAGUGAUUUAAAGAUCAAUGUGUCUUCCUGCCCUCUACUCUGCCUCUUGACCAAAAACUCAAAGUUCCAUCAGCAUGUUAGCUUUCUGUACACACCACUUCUACGUGGUUUUUUUUGUCCAAUUUUUUUUGCUGAUUUGCGAUUUUUGUGACUUUUUCCCCCUCCUUGCUUUGGGGGUCGGGUUUGAAUUCUGUUGCUUUUUUAAACUUGUUUCUUUGUUAUGUGAUCUUUGUUAUGUGUUGUUGCAGAUUUUGGAAAUUGAUUCACUAAACUCUGAAUUCUAGUGAACUGGAAUCUAAAUGGCAAAAUUGAAGCUAAACUAGAGAUUUUUUUUCAGAUUAGUUAUUUUUUCAUAAUCUCAUCGUUAUUCUGAAUUUACGUCAUAAUCUUUCAUCUCCUUAUCUAAAAGAGGAUGUAGGACGCUCACAAAUAGGGAAGUUGUCAUGCCACAGUCAUAAGAAAGUGAUUGUUUUUUUUGUUUUCUCAGCCUAAACUCCAGGGCAGAAAGUUAAAAAGUUGGUAUAUGUGAGUCACUCGUGGAACAUCGGAGUAAUUUAAUACGAGAUCCCUGCUACAAUGAUUAAUCGUCUGCUAAAUCAGAGUUGUUAGGAGGUUUUUGGUAAGAAACGUAAGUAACCAAGGAAGUUGUUACUCAAUUUUUUUUAUUUUAAGUGACAGAUUUUGGGUAUCACUAAAAAGUCACACGUGUAAAAAAAUAAGUUCAGUUUUGUGACUUGUAAUUAUUGUUCUAGGAGUGGAAAUGCAUUGAGAAUCCAUCUGGUUUGGUUAAGAAAGGGUCCUUUGUUAAAAUGCUUGCCAGGCACAUUAUUGCAUCAUCAGACAUUUCUGUAGCAUUCAAGACUCAAGAUGUUAUUUCUAUAGAGAAAUUCUGGGGUAUUUUUAUAAGAGAGGAUCAGUUAGCAGAAACAUUCCAUUGGCUUUUACAGUUUUACUUUACCCCUGAACUGCAGUAACCCAAAAAGUGGGGGUAAUCACUAGUGGAAUGUUCAGAGCGGAGAAAUCACUAGAAAUCACUAGUGGAAUGUUCAGAGUGGAGAAAUCACUAGUGAAAUGUUCAGAGUGGCGAAAUCGCUAGUGGAAUGUUCAGAGCGGAGAAUUCACUAAUGAAAUGCUCACUGUGGAGAAAUCACUAGUGGAGUGUUCAGAGUGGAGAAAUAACUAGAAAUUCACUAGUGAAAUGUUCAGAGUGGAGAAAUCACUAGUGGAAUGUUCAGAGUGGAGUAAUCACUAGAAAUCACUAGUGGAAUGUUCGGAUUGGAUAAAUCACUAGUGGAAUGUUCAGAGCGGAGAAAUCACUAGAACUCACUAGUGGAAUGUUAGGAGUGUAGAAAUCAUUAGUGGAAUGUUCAGAGUGGAGAAGCUAUUAGAAAUCAAUAGUGGAGUAUACAGAGCGGCGUAAUCACUAGUGGAAUGUUCAGAGUGGAGAAAUCACUAGAAGAAUGAUCAGAGUGGAGUAAUCACUAGAAAUCACUAGUGGAAUGUUCAGAGUGGAGAAAUCACUGGUGGAAUUUUUGGUAACUGCCCAAAGUUUCAGAUCAUAACACUUUGAUAAAUCUCCCUUACUAUGUAACAGCUUUUCUAAAUUGCACUCAAUCUUAUUUUUAUAGCUGUGAGCGUAGGUGCUAUAUUUACAUCUAUAUAAUUAAAUACAGAUCAUAAUAUGUAACUGGUAUAUAGUCAUUGCUUUGCGGUGCUUUUUUUGAUGUUGUGUCAGGAGUUGCUUUUUGUGGCGAACUUUCACCUACUUUAUCUCCGAGUCUUAGUUAGAUUGCUAGCUCCAUGACCAAUAUCAGUUAGUUUUGGUAGGUCCCUCUUCACCUACUGUUUCUGUAUGUCAUACUUGUUUGUGAAAAUGAAAUGUUUGUCUUGUUUACAUAUUGUGCAGCGCUGCAGAAUAUGUUGGCGCUAUAUAAAUAACUGUAAAUCUCAGCUAUGUUAUUGGUAGUACAAUCCAAUGCAAUCAAUUGUUGUUUUGGAUGAACAUAUGUAAAAAAAAAAAACAGAACAAAAAAACAAACAAACGAUUUAAAGGCCUAAAAUGUAAAAUUGCAUGUUUCGGGGAUUAGAGAGUAAAUUACAGGACAAGAAUCUACUCAGGUUUAGCGAACUUUGAUGACUCAGCUUGCUGGAACCGUACAGUGCUGAGAUCUAGAACACGAGACGGACGCAGAGGGCGAUAUCUAAAAAGAAGCCUCAUCCUGACACUUUGUCGAUAAUAGAAAACGUGUCGUUUGUUUUUGACGUUGGUAGGAGGAGCACUUUCAAAAUUAAAAGCACCAGUCUGCCCAGACGAUGAUGCCAUAGUUUGAAGUCUAUUUAGAAAACGUUAUCGAGAGAUUUUAUUUUUUUCCCAACUCUUCUAUUUUGAUCUAAAUGUUGUAAUCCAUGCUCUCUCCAUUUAGCUAAUAUCUUUCUAAGUUUACAGGAGUGUGUGACCAAGUGUGCCACUCAUAACUGUGUGCAGGGAAUUGCAAAACACACUGGCAACUAUAGUGUUAACAGCUUACAAAACGUACAUUGUCCGAGUCCCUGGGUGCUCUAUAGCGCCUUUCUACCCUGAGUUCCCUCUCUUUUUUUUUGCAGGUUUAAGAUUUCAGGUUUAGAGGCCCCAGGAAGUGGCAGGGUAUGGCUAAGGGGGGCAAGCAGGGGGAGGGGUGUUUAGGCAUAAAGUGGGGGGCUGGGAGUAGGGGUGUUUUUGUUUUUUGGAAAAAAGGAGGGAGGCUGCAGGUAGAAAAAAAGAGUAAUAACAGAGAAUAAAUUAAUAAACAGAAGGAGUAUGGUAUUACACUGGGAUAAAAAGUGCAUUUCACAUUUUGUUAUCAAGUUUAUCAGAUUAAAUUUUUCAUCCAAAAUUGUUAGAUUUUAGAUGAACUGCAGGUUGUUUUAAUUAAUUUAUAUAUUUUUGCAAUGUUUCUGAUUUCAGAUAGUGUAGAUUUCCUUUGUUAUAAUGCUUUUCCUCUAUCCCAUAAUUGCUCCUUUGUAAUCGAAGUAACAGAUGUAAGAGACAUUCAGGGAUUGGUAAUCCUCUGUAUAAUUACUGCUACAACUCCCAUUUUAUAAAAGAUGUGUUUUAAACUAUAGAUUUGGAACUUCUCAAAAAUAUGUAUCUGCCAUUUUUCAGUGUGGUGGGAGAGGGUGAAUUAAAAAGGCACACACAAAGUCACAGUGGUUAUUAUAGAAGUGCAACUCCUAUCAUGCUUUUCCAGCCUUUAGUGGGGGUUGGGUAUAUCUUUGCACACCUCCCAACAAAUGGACAAAGAGGGACACUUUAAUUUUGGAGGGUUUGGCCAGGGGUGGGGCUGUUCUGAGAAACCUUAGGUGAAUUACUAAUAAUUUAUGCAACUGAAAUGUAAUUUAGAACAAGAACAACAUUAUUUAAAGACUGAGUUCUAAACGCAUUUAUUGUAGUUUAGGAGGCAAUAGGAGAAUUAGAAAAAAAAUAAUCACUUUUUAAUUUCUGCCAGUUCACUCUUUAGUGAGUAAGCCCCAGUAUGUGAUUUCAAUACACCUUCUGAUGUUUUUAAAUCAUUGCAAUUUAAAGGAGCUCUUUGGGUCCUAUCCAUCUGACUGUGUACAUGGCAUUGGCCUGUGUUGGUGAUGUUUAAUAGCAGGGCAUUGUUAAGGAACCAAGAAGAUUGCUAGCUCUUGGGAGGAUUUGUGUUUCAGACUUUCUGAAUGGGUGCUUGACAAAAACCAGAAAGAUCACAGGAGGGGGAAGGACCUGCUUUUGUCUAAAUCCCAAACUUGGUGGGAGGGAGGACCAGCAUGUAUUAAAUAACCCCUCCCCAUCCCCCAGUAACCCGGGAUGGCUUAGUCACGUGAUAGCCCAUGCUGCCUUUGUCUCAGUUCAGAAUUGGCGCUUGUAUCGCCGACGUAGCCAGAGGGAGGUGAACAAACAGUGAGUCAGAGUCAGGUAAGUGAGUGUGGCGUUGUACGCUUCUGUGUACCUUUAACUGCUGCGGUAACUCUCAGAUAGCUUGUUUACUUUUAACCUGAUUUAUUUCCUAAUGGGGAAAAGUAGUAGUUGUUUCCUGAAUCCAGAGCUGGGAGUGGGAGGCAGGCUUCUUUCCUUGCUGGGGUGCAACUUUGCAUUAAGUGAUGGCUCUACUGGGGAUGUUGUACUUUUUGUUAUUUAAAUAAAAGAGUAGUCAGUGCGUGACUUCGGAACUAGGCAGCUUUGUCCUACUCCCCUAUCACCAUUUAUAUACCCUUGUGAUAGAAAAUGUGAAUUGCACCUUUUUAAUAUUUUAGUUGUGAGUUCAUUUGUUUAAAAUGAAAUAAAGUACUAGAUACAGUACACUAUAGCUUCUUCCCCCCCCCCCCCAUGAUCAUAUGACACCCCUGGUAAUCUAUAUCAUUAUCUAGCAGAAUAUUCUGCCACUAUCUCUUAUUAAUAUUGUAUUUUAUAUUAAUUCACAACAUAUACUAGUGCACUGUACAGCUUGUCAGUGGGAUAAUAAAUAGAAAUAUCCCUGAAGGUACUUAUAAAGCGUGCACCCAAAAUUCUCCUAACCUGUAAUACCCAUUUUAUUCUAGUCUUUGUAGUAGUUUUGGUGACGUACUUGGUCCUUCUCUGCCCAACCACACUUAUACAGGCAGGGCAGUGUGUAUCAGGUACAGUUCUGUGACAGAGCUAAAGUUGAUACAUUAUUUUGGUUUCCAUGGUGGCUGCUCAACAGCCAGCACUUUGCAGAAGAAUUAGCACAUAUUGUUGGUAAAUAUAAAGCAAUAUUAUUUUCCAUUUUUAGCAUGUUCUACAGCACCAAAUAACCCGAUCUGCAUUGAACCCAGUCUUUAAAUGAUUAUUUUGAGCUGCCCAGCUGGUUACCCCUGGGUUUGGGUACAUCAUAUCUUGUCCGCAUAUGGAGUAAGGUUUUGAGGGGGUUCUCUUUGUGUACCUGGGAUGUCAUUGGGGACUUGGCUGACAUAUGGGCUGUUUUGAUAUUAAUAAUUUAGCCCAUGUCUAAUUCUUACAAAGCUAUAUUGUCCUUCCAAAUUCUGAAUUAUCAAUGUCCUGCUAGUAUGUCUGAACUCUCGAAGCACCAGAGUCUUGUGUAAAAUAUAUUUAUGGGGGUUUUGGUAAAUAAUAUAAAAGUCACAAAUGGGGAUGUUCUAGAAGAGUUCAAAUUCUGUAUAAUUUAAGUUUUUAGAGGUCGUCAUUUUAUCUCGGCAUUGCAUCACUUCUGAUAUUUAGUAUUUUGGGUAGUAGCAAUUCAGCGCUACAGAAUAUGUUGGCGCUCUUUUCAUGUAAUUUGUUUUGAGAUUGGCUGCUGGUAGCAUUUUUAUGGGAGUGAACGAAAAAAACCCCGGCCUGGACAAAAAAAACUGCUGAGCUGGAAACUUUUUUUAAAAAUGUUUUUAUUAUUAUUUAUAUAUAUAUAUAUUUUUUUUUUCAGUCGUUUUUAGAUAAAAUGUGAUUUAGUUUGUCAGCUAAGAAUCAUUAUAGUGAUAGAUUUUGAAACCCAUGGGUCUCCGUAUAUUGGAAAUGAUUUUAAAAAGUCAUUAUGUUGCAAUUUAAAAAAAAAACAAAUUGUGGAUUAAACUUGACUGCAAGACCAUAAAAUCACUUUCCUCACCUUUUACUUUCCAUCUCACUGUACCUUUAAUACCUUUAAUCUGACUUUGCACUUGGCCUCGCUCUUACCUGCAGUCCUUCUUUAAUGAGCAGGAGAAACACCUGACCUGGGUGACAGGUUUUCAUUGUUGGUGAUUAGGUAAUGCUGCCUUAUAGGGAUGUUAAUGAUCCAGCUAAUAUUGACAUUGUCUAGAAGACCUAAAGUGGUCAAAACACUGUGACCUUAGCAGGAGUUUGUGAUGUGUAGCAUAGAGAACUUCUCCAAACAGUUUCACAUGCUGCCCAUUGAUAGUGGAACAUUGACCCAAACAUUAAACAUCAAUUUGCAAUCCGUGUUUAACGCUGUGGUUGGGGCAGGGUGCCAAGACACUCGGAACUUUGCAAACCCAGGAUGGUUGGGAGGUACGGUAUAGCAAAUCUUGAAACCAAUUAGCACAAAAUUAUCAUUCGAACAACUGCACAGUACAACUCCCAUCAUAACUAACCAGCCAAGCCUAGUGCAUUGGAUGAUGAAGGGGGUUCUAUUUUACUUUGCUUAAUCAUGUUAAGUAGAUUGCAAGUUCUUCUGCCCAGGCGCUCAUUGCCUCUGAAUGCAUUGUAUACCACUAGCCUAGAGUUUCUUUCAAUACUGGCUUUGUGCUUGUAUAUUUGUGUAAAAUACUCUCAGAUGCCACCUCUAACCCUUCCUCUUACCUCCCCCUCCCCCCUUUCCUUGAUCACCCCUCCUCUGUCACCACAGGACAUUCUUUUUGCGUUAUUUCUUUUCUUCAGUUCUUUAAAUUCCGUGCCUCCAGGCUACCAAAAUAUUUCAUCGCACCUCUUAACAACCAGACCUGCUUAGGUAACUUUCAUCAAAACUUUUUAAAAAUGCUGUCAGGUCACGUUUACCUUAAAUUAUUGUAACCAACGAUGCUCAGUGUGUACAGCGUGCCCUCUGCACUCGAGUUUAAAUAAGAGUUAAUCGAGGUCAGUAAAAGGCAGUUCAGACUGGUGAUGGACCUUUAAAUGCAGAACUGAAAAUAGCAAGAUGUGCAUGUUUUCUAAAUGUUACACAUCUCUGUGUGAAUGUGUUCUUUGUAGCUUAUCAUUUUGCACCAUCAUUGUUACGGAAUCCCUUAACCUAAAGUCAUUUAAGAGAUCCCUCUCUACAUACCUCAAAACAGAAUUCACCUGUCAUGGUUGAUUAUAUAUUUCCUGCCUGUUUUAUGUUAAAUUUUGUAUAUAUUGUGUAUUAAUAUUGUUUUUGUAUUUUGUUGUACCCUAAUGUAACAAUGCAAUGAUUUGUGGACCCAGGACAUACUUGAAAACGAGAGAAAUCUCAAUGUAUCUUUCCUGGUAAAAUAUGUUAUAAAUAAAUAGUUAAAAUAUCUUUAAUGUGAGCUUGUAAAGGGCUUAUUCACUAAAUUCCAGUCUGUCCCAACUUGAUUGACUCAAUGUGUGGUGGCUAAUAAGCAAAUUACUUUGAGUAUUCACUAAAAAUAAAAUGUAGAGAAUAACUCUUGCGUAUAGUGAGAUUUGAAGUCCUUAAAGGGGUAUUGUAUGCACUAUAAGCAUUUCAUCUCCUUGAAUUUGAUUAUAGUGACUGAAGUCCCCCGGCACUGUCCCUCCAUUCAGUGUUAAACCAUUUUUGAGCAGUUUAGCACUAAAUGAGGGUCCCUGGCUGCAUGCAGUCCGGCCCCAACCGGUGUGGUGGCUAAGGCAGAGAUUACACACUUCCUUCUAGCCAUACCAAUAGUAUGGCCUUCUCAUAGGCUGAAAGAGGUCAGUUGAUACUGACAUCACAGCCUCCCAUUGCUUCCUCAUUAACCCAAGCAACACAUUGGGGAUUGGCCGCUGGGGACUUUUAUUUAGUAUUAAAACAUAUAGAAACAGUUUAACAAUGCAUGGAAGAGUGGAACCAGGGGACUCCAGGCACUAUAACCACUUCAAUAUGAUGAUACAGUGAUUACAUUCUCUCUUUAAGCAUACCUGAUUGUAGAAAUGCUUUUGAGUCCAAUGCUAUGUCAUGAUUAGUCCAACGGGGCUCCUGAAUCCUGCAUCCCAGGUGCUUCUCCGAAUCUGGAGUUCCCUUGAUCCUGUGCCAGUCAUUAAUUACGCUAUUCUUCACGGCUAAACAAAGUAACUCAUUGUCUGAUGAUAAAAUGGCAUGUACUCUAAGACUCCUUGAUCUUUUUGUCUGUGUGUUUCAGUGUGGAUCAUCUCUUUUGCGCUAUUUGAUGACUUGCUACACCCUGCACCAUUUAACGGAUUUUAUUUUCUAUUUAUUUUUAAUGGAAUUAAGAAAAGGGACCCUAGCCAGAUCACCUAUUCAAGUUUCUUGGUGAGAAGUCAUGUUCACUUUAAUAGUUAGAACCUCACUGCUGAAUCACCACUACUUAGGCGGACAUUAGUAAUUGAGUGGGGGUACAUAAAUGUGGCCAGUGGCUACCACCAGACAGAUUGGCAAUCUUUUCUGUUUUGCUGUGGUUUAAAGAGAAUGAACGGUCACUUGUGGGAGUUGGGUUCAGCUAGAUAAUUAAAAGUUCACUGUAGACUAUGCUAUUUAUUUUACUGUAACUAUCAAAACCAUUUUAUUUUUUAUAUUCUAAAAUAACUUGCUUUGUUUGCCUGUCUGCAAUAGCAUAGUCAGGCAAACCUUGUAAAUUUUAUUUAACUCCACAUCUUUUUGCGCACGUAUGACAAUUUGCAUUUAAAAAAAAAAAAAGUAUUUAGUGAGCAUGUACGCUCGGGCGUUUUAUCCAGACGCCCUAGCAGGUAUUUGAGAAAUAGUUUCACUUUGGGCAUUGACAUGUUGUGGAGGUAAAUGUAUUUUUUUAUCGCUGUGUUAUCUAGUAAAGACUUGAUACUAUGUUUAUUGGGAUGAGCGAAGGUGGAACUGUCACUCUCCGAGAAGUGUGAAUAAUUGAGUAAAAUGGUACUCCAUUCAGUCCAGACGCUGGUAAAUAGGACACAUGCCUGUAGGAAGAUUGGAAAACCGAAGAAGCCGUACUCUACAAUUUGUCUGGUAUCUGCACCAGAAAUCUUCACUGUAUCCAUGGCACAAAGUCUUCAGUUUAACUUUCAGAGAAGUGACAGUUCGACUUCACAAACGAUUUAUAUGCCUGAGAUGUGGCCAAUGCAUGUAUAGGUUCACUCCAGACUGUCAAGGAGACUUUUUGUUUUAUCACCAGUUAUUGUGUGUUUAGUGAUAAAUUAAAUAUUAUUCGGAUACUGUUGUAUCAGGUGAAAUUUAGAGGCCGUUUGGAAAGUUUCACGUUCUAAUUAAUGUUUGAUUUUAUAACACGGUUUUAUUUCACCAUUAUGUCAGAGUUCUGAUGUUAAAAUGCAAAGUCUUUUUGAGCCGAUUGUGACGGGCAGACAUGAUCUGUAUGCUAAUAAUGAAUCCUCUAUCCAGCUGUUACUUUGUAGCGGGGAUGCCCAAAAGGUAGAUUCCCCCCCUCUCCCCCAGCUGUUGAAGAGCUGUGGUUUCAUGCUGUCUCUAAGCUGCAUUUUUGUUUUUCCAAAACCUUGUGUUUUCAUUGUUGUUUGUGAUCAUUGCUUACCAUUUGCCUGUUCUUUAAGUUUCCCACCUUUCUUUAAGAUGUUAAUAUCCCUCCUCCUUUAUGGGUUUUGUCUCCAAGGGUGUAGGACCAACUGUUUUCACCGUCUCCUUCCAACAGGAUAGAGAACGACUCUGGAUGUGGAAUUUUCUGUUUAAAACUAACCAGACAGUAGCAUUUGCUCCGGUAAUAUUUGUCCUGUUAGAUGUGGCUGGUGGCUUUUGUUGAGGUUUAAAUUAGUUUUUUUUAUUAUAGCCACCCCAUGUGGUCUAGCUACAAAAGCCUAAAUUUAGAUACUGUGUUAAGUAACAAAAUCUGCGGAUUUCCUUGUGAAGUUUGAAGACGCUCCCAAUUUGGGUUUUAAAUACACUUACAUGAUAAUGACCCUUAUUUUACAUCUUCUGUACCCGUCUCUUUGGAUUUUAGAGGAUUCUUCUCCUUGACACGUUAAGCACUAUAAACAGUGCAACUUAUUGUCAUGGUUAUGCUACAGGAGUGUUUGUGGGAAAUCCCUCAGAUUUAGGUUUUGGGUUUUUUUUAAACCAGUGCCUGGGCAGUUUAACAAAUACUUGGUCUCGCCUCUUUACUGCCACCUAGAUAAUAAAGAAUUUUACUUCUGUAAUUUCUGUAAAAAUAUGGUAAUAUUUUCAAGCCAUGAGGGGCAGUGAAUGACUCUUCAGGCUUCCUCAUGAACUUCUAUGACCGAGCCUCCGACGUCCAAGGACGAGCUCUGUUCUAAACAAACCGUUUACAGUAGUUUUUCAUUCAUGCAUUUGGACAAAUUAUGCUGCUGUGUAUUUAACUACCAAUCCCACAAACCUGAGUUUAGUCUCGCUUUGAUAGUGGUAGGUAUAGAGUUAUCAAUGUACUAUUACAUGCUUCCACUAGUGAAUGUUUGUUUGCAUUUCAAUCGCCUUUACUAGAGUGCUUGGUACCUAAUACGAUUUUACUGAAUAAGCCCCACACUCUCCUGAAUCUUUACUGUCGUGUAUUUGGCAGAGGGACAAAAAUAGAGAUUUUUAGUGGAAUUCGUGAGCUGCUGCCAGAUGUAUGCUUUCUAUGUGCUGCAGACAAACUUAUUUUCAAGCCUCAGGUAAUGAAAUUCCUGAGGUCACACGCACAGGUACAGAAAUGGACAAGGUAUAGCGUCAAACUGUUGUAUUCUUUCCACAGUUUAGUUAAAUAAUCUUAAUAAACUUUGUUGGAGAAACUAACUGGACGCACGGCUGGACUAGAACUGGUGCCUCUCAGUUUUUUUUUGUUUUUUUUUUAAUGCAGAUAAAUAAGCAAGACCUAAAGCUACCGGAAAAUGUCCCUUGUUUGCAGCCAAUGCCCAAGAUGUGCUGCUUCUGCAGAAACCGUAAUGUGGCUAGGGUCACUUCCACUGUUUUCAAUGAGUUAUAUACGCUUCUAUACUGUGUGCACCUUGUGUGAUCUACUGUGCGCACCAUGCUACACAGAGGGUAAUGCGAGGUGCAGUACAACCAUGUUUAGUGGAGCUCAGUGAGUUUCAUAAAAUACAGAGUACUUUAAACCACAAACACGAAUUGAGCUGCUAACUAUUAAUAGCAACUUCUGGCAAACAUCUAAUGUUUUAUGAAGAUCGAGUGGAAUUCAUGUUCAGGAGAUGCCCUUAUGACAGGACUUCCUUGCAUUCAUUUGACUGCAGUAUGAUGCUUUCAUGAUACCUUUUAAAUGGAGCUGUAAUUACCCAAUAAAAUAGACUUUAACGCAUAAACAACUGAUUUCAGCUUAAAGGAACUGUCAGGGUUCCAUAGCAACUUCAUCAAAAUGAAGUUGUUAUAGUGCCAGGAGGUUUCUUGUGCUUCGUUAUCUCUAGGGGUUAAACUGUUCACGAGAUGUUGAGCCCCAAAGUUGGCUCUCAGCCGUUGCUGGCUGUCCAAAUCCACUUUCACAAAAUCAGCUAGGUGGAGCAAAGGAAUGCCACCUGGAAGGCCACCACUGAUGAAACUCUAAGCCAAUCCGUAGCUCCCUAUACAUACAAACAGCAUGAGAAAGAUACCUCCUGGCACCAUGAUAACUUUAUUUGUAUGAAAUUGUUAUGGUCCCCUGACUGUUCGUUCAAAGUAGCACUUCAGAGACACAAAGCACUUAAUUGUUUGCACAAUUUAUAAAUUGAAAUCGGCACUUUAAGUGCAUUCUGAAACCGAUCCUGCUUCUGUGGAGCUUUAAAAAAGUUGCAGGUGUGCUGGGCAAGAGUGCGUGCUUCUCUUCCCCACAUUGGAAAGUUACAUGUGCGUGAUUACGGGUCUGAUUGAGAGAUCUCUGGUCAUUAUCCAGUCUCAGACUGAAGGUCCUGUGUCAGGAAAAGAUGGGAGGACUUGCAAAUGCUGCAGGCAAAAACCACCAUUAUUAUCGUCCUAAUUUUUAAAGCACCAAUGUAUUCCGCAGCGCUGUACAAUUGGGGAGGAAAAAUAGCGUAAAAUAUAUACAGACAAAUACAAAAGGUGAAGAGGGCCCAGCCUGUGAGCGGAGAUCCAGCUGUUAAAGCUCUAUUAUACAAAGUGCCUAGUUAGAUAGCCUGUGAGCUUACAAUCUAAAGGUGCAUGUUUGCUUUUGUGAGUAUUUCUAAAAAAUUUAAAUUUAAUGCAAGGCUGUUUACUUCCAAUAAACAUUGUUACAGGAUUUCAUGAUCAAAUAUAUAAAGGCUAGAAGUUCAAUGUUUUUCUUUUUUUUAUACAUACAUUGCCCCCACAUGUUUCUGUACAACGGAUACAUUACAUGUGGAAUUAAAUUUUAACUUGUUCUCCGGAGAUGUUGAGCUAUUUGAUGGCAACCAAGUUAGCGUGAAAUAAUGGCCUAUAGACUGUGUGCCUGCGUGACAACUUUCACAGCUGUAUCACCGCGCUCCCCUCCCUGCUGUGUUUAAUACAUUGGAACACAGGGCUUAUAAAGGUGAUAUCUGCCAUUGUUUAGCUUGCUCUCAAUGUGUGGGAUGAGAACUUCCUCUCUGUAUCAACCAGUUAAACCAGAUGUGAUGUUUUGGCAUGUUUGCUCUGUGGCACAUUCACACUCCUAGUUACCGCAAUCUUAAUGUAAACACCAACAGGGGCGAUGGUUCAUUGUACUGGAUUUUAAAUAACCAUUUAGCUUCUUUUUAAUUUUUUUUUUUUUUUUAACAUUGUAGCAUUUGGAAUACAAACGUACUCCUAAUGCUAUAGUUUUUACGUAAAUAUAGAAAUCCCCCCCCACCCCCAUAGUAAAUGAUGGGAGCAUGGACCUUUUGAAGUGUUCUGAGUGCCUGUUGAGCCCUUUUUAAAGUAAAAGAGAGCUGUAAGUUCAAUAACUUGUAAUGUUUGUUUUUCCCUUAUGUUUCGAUAGGGGUAAACCAAAUAAAUUAAAUGUGGAAAUCCACAUCUCUUUUUUUGAGUAACUGGGCGCUGCCAUCUUGGCUCCAUGUCAAUCAUUAUGAUAAAGUCUGUCCCUUGCAGCUGGCAGUCAGCACAUCGAGAGCGAUGGAGACAUUAAACCAUGUUGGUCUCUCCAACUUUGCAAUGGCUGAGCCUUGGAUUUAACUGGGUUCUCAUGUCAUCUGCUAAAUUUGUAAUAUAUUUAAAAGGAACUGGAGCAUUCCCUGCAAAAAAAAUGUCCCUUGGCACUCCUCCCUCUCUCAGCGAAUGUCACAAACUCGUUCGACCUCCCCAUAGCAAAUCAUUGAAUCCAUGCUUUCCUAUGGGGAUAAAUCUGAUGCUGGAUGUCCUCCUGCAGAGCGUGAGGACGUCAAGCGUCAGUUACAGGACCCACGGUCUGUUUGUUUGCAGGAAGCGCCUCCAGUGGCUCUCUGGUAGACGGCCACUGGAGGCAGACUUAGUGAUGCAGUGUAAACAUUUCAGUUUAACAUUGUAGCACUGAGUGCAAAGGGGACACGGCAGCUAGUCCUAACCACUUUGAUUAUCUAGAGUGGUCUGGGUGCCUACAGUAUCUGUUUAAUUGCUUCCUUGACAAUUAGAUUUUUGGGGGAGUUAAUGUGAAUCUUGAGUGCGUUUCAAUAACUGUAUUUAUUAUAUCAUUGGCCAAACCUGGCAGUCGGGAAUCCCAUAAAUACUAUAUUCCUAAAACUAGGCUGUACUAAGUUUAGCUGUAAUUUCACCUGUUGAUCUGACUGUUUUGUGUUUUGUUGUGGAAAUUUUAUGUAAUUUCUGAGGUUUUACUGGAUUCGCCAUUUAACUCCCAGCAUCCCAUUGUGAAGCAAAGAGACAAUGUUUAUCUGAUCCGCCUUAUAAAUGUACAAUUUGUGCUGCGAGGAAGUCCAGGUUUAUAUACAGUCCGUAAAGACUGCUGAAUAUAUUUUAUAACUUCCUAUACCAUGUGACAGGGCCCCAAACUUCCUCCAGCUAAUAGCAAGCGAAAAUUUCCUCCUGGUGAUUGUGACAUUGUCCCUUCAGGCUCCAGUAGAAAAUAAGACCGGUUAACUAGCGUAGGAAUUGAAAUGUUAAGCCUUCCUAUAUCAUGAUGCAAAUAACUCUUAGAAUGGGCAGUCUAAGUACCAUAACCACUGUGUGACAUUGUACUGUUUCUUUUACUGUUAGGCUGCACCAGUUCUUUGUCAAACCAUUUGAUGUCCUGCGACCUUGUAGCACAAUAACCAAUUAGUGGUUAUUUUGCCCAAACAGCUCCUGCCAGUCGAUGACACUGCAUCUAUAACGUCCACUCCUUUCUCCUUUUAAUAAUAAGCUUGAAAGGAACAAAGGCAUGCCCUCUCCAUCCAGUUCUCCUGCAUAUAUUAUAGUUUUGGGGGUGGAUUUAAACGUUUGUUCAUGUUCUGUGUAAUGGUACAGAUCUGAUUCCUCUAAAUAACUUGAGCCUUGUUUCCGAAUUGAAAUGUCUAUAUUUGUCUUCCAAAACCAUUCCAGAUUUUCAUUUUGGUUAUCUGCCAAUAAUGUUGUAAGCAUAAUAUUUUGUCUGGGUUUCACGCCAUCCACGUAGCAAUGCAUGGAACUGGCGUGCGGCAGAGACAGGAAGUGCGUUGCUAAACAUGCCAUUUUAGUGAGUUGCUGCAUGUUACAAUGUCUCUUAUAACAAGUAUUCUUAUUUUCCAUAAGUAAAUGUUGUAAUAAUGCGAAAGUGAGAAUCUCUGUGGGAGGGGGGAAAAAAUAGUUUCUCCAUCCCUGCCAGAUGUGGUCUAUAAAGCUUCAUUAUAUACCUGAUUAGGGGUGUCUAAGAGGCACUCCAAUCUAUUGUAAGAUGGCAAACCAGAAUUGAACUGCCAAUAUCUGUGGAAGUGGUUUAGUGAAGUAGUGGUUAUGGUGCUUGUAGUGUUCCUUCAAUGGGACACCAUAUAAAUGUUGGGAAGGACGAGGUGGUCUCCUUGAGUCUGGAGGUACUGCUAUAAAGCCGGGGGGAAGAGGGCAGGAUCUUAUUAAUAUUAAUAUAGCGCCAAACUAUACUGCAGCGUUUUCUAAUUAUAAAAAGACCUAAAUACUGUAGCCUAGACUGCAUGUAUACGGUAUGCAUUAAAGAAACACUCCAGGCACCAUAACAACUUCAUCUCAGCCAAUCAGCAAAAUCCCUGCCCGGCGGCACUGCUAUUUCAGAAGCUGAAUGCCGCAGGGGGGUUUAGUUUGAAAACUGCACUGGAGGUAACUUGGUGUGUGCCCAGCAGCUUCUGGCAGCAUAGGGAAUCAUAACUUGAUUUAGAAAAGCUUUUAUGGUCCCUAAACUGUCCCUUUAAAUCUUACUGAAGCUGUUGACUAAACAGAAUUGUGGAGAGUUGACAGGAGAACAGCACAUUUUAGGCCCAAACUGGCUGGCUGGAAAAAACUGCUGUGAGGAACAAUUCUUCCAAUUCUAUGUGCAUAUUUACAAAGGGACUAAAGCAGUGAAACAGGGUUAAAAAAGAACCUCCAACUGGAGUCACAACGUUUUGGCUCUGUUUCUUGAUUUGGAUGAGAGAGUUAGUGAUGGCAAAUGAACCACCGUGCUCAGUGAGUCAGUGUAGCUGCGAGUAUUGCCAUCCUGUGCUCUGGCACCUCAGUGCAUUCCAGAAUGCAAGGAAGCGGUGACAGAGCUGCAGUCUACACACUCCCUGACCCCUUCUCCCAUGCUCUCUUGCAGUAAGGCUGAAAACCCCAAAAUAUCUACCUGCCUGGCUUCCACAUUUACGUGUCACGGAAAUUGGUUGCUAGGAAUUCCCCAGCCCAUGUUGUAAGCCAAGACCCAGUGUGGACUUGCUUAUUCUAAGGUGCGGUGCAGCAAGCCAAACAACUCAUCCAGUGGGUGUUCUAAGGAGUUACUGUGACUUUUUUAAGUGUGGUGUGUUUUUAGGGCAUAGUGAAGAAUGUUUUAAUUCAGGGUGUUAUAAGGUGUUUUACAUGAAGAUUGAUGGAUUGGAGGUGACAGCUUCACAAAUGGCUAAAUCAGGGGUUCUCAACGUUAGUCCUCAGGACCCCCUACCAGUCCAGGAUUUGGGGAUUACCUGGGUGUGUCUCAGGUGUUUAGAAAAAGGGGAAAAAACACCUUAGACUCUAAGGUGUUUUUUUUUUUUUUCUAAACACCUUAGACACACCCAGGUAAUCCCUAAACCCUGGACUGGUAGGGGGUCCUGAGGACUAACGUUGAGAACCCCUGGGCUAAAUAAAGAGUUUUAGUACCUGCUAAAGAUGCCCUAAUGACUCCCCCUCUUUUUUUUUUUUUUUUUUUUUUUUGUUUUUUUUUUUUUAAAUGUAUCCCCAUAAAUUCAGCGCAGCUAUGAAGGAUCGAACUCAAAAUAUUGUUUGGGGUGGCGGGUUGUCCUUUACUACAGCUUCUAGGAUACAUAUUCUAAGAUUCUACCUGAAAUUGGUUAAAGGAUUACUAGAAGCACCAUGAAUUCAGUUAUUUGAAGUGGUCAUGGUGCCUGCCUGGAAUUUGCAUGUGAAGUGUUUAGCAAUGAAGGCUGCACAUUCAAAGAUUCACCCUUUAGCUGACAGAGGUAACGCCACCUGCGUCAGCGCCAUUAGUUGUGGUUGGUUAAUGUCAAUUCUGUUCAAUAUUGGCACCAAACUGCAAUUUAAUUUUUUUUUUUUUUUUUUUUUUACGUUUUUCCCUCCUCCUUUUUAUAGGGGUGGGGAGGGUGGGGCACACCAACAUACAGAGGAAUUUCUGACCGCCGGGAACUCUUACUGCCCUAAUGCUUCCGUCUUUCUAAGGAAGCCACUGCAAUUGUUUUGCUGCAAGCUUGGUUGCCAAGUAACACUGUAUUGUUGUAGAAUGAGUUUCAAUUGUUUUAAUCCAAACCAUUUCUGUACACACCACCACCAUACUUGAGACUAAGCCCUUAUUUCCAUGCUGGGAAGCAAUGAUGCCUAGCGGCCACUUAUAUUUAUUUGAGUCCUACUAUGUCCAUCCCAUAAUUAAUCAAUGACUGUCUGCUGUAAUUGGUGAUGUCAGGAGUUUAUUUGGCCUCUAAUGAGGGAGAGAGCCUUCCAUGUAGUUUCUGGUGGCUAUAGGAUGUCCCUGCAAUGUAAACCACUAGAGGUGUUACCUAUCUCAAUGCUGAACAGUGUACGCUCUGCAUGGAGACACUGAUGCAUUGAUUAAAUGCAUCUCUAUGAGAACAUGCGGAUUGUUGCAACUUCACCUCUUUCAGCGCAUGCAUAGUAGCAUCUCAAUUCUUUCCUGAGGGAAAGCAUUAGGCUGGCUGAAAUCGUCAAGAUUGAUCUCAGCCACGAAAGCAGUACCAGACGCUGCAAAACUGGUUCAGUGUGUGAGAAGGGGAGUAAAAUAACAAUUUUAAUAGAGGGGAGCCAGUCACGUCAACAGCCACUUUUAGCGGUUAUUAAUCCCCUUCCUUUAACAAAUGUGUAAGAUCUAAAAAGCGAAUGUAGAAAUCCACACUGUCAUAUUUAGCUCUGGUACUGGGCGCCUCCAUCUUGGCUCCCUGUCAGUCAUUGUUAUUCACUCUGGCCUUACACCUGGUAGUUGGUAUAGAGAGAGCACACACCGGAAUGGGGGUUAUGUAUAAAAAGUCUGUUUGGAAAAUAGUGCAAAUAUGUAAAAGGGGUCCAGUUACUAAUGCUAUGUGCCUGCUGGUUUCCAUGGGGACAGUCCCACUUUCAGUAAACAAGACCCUUUUUUUUUUUUUUUUUGGGUUCAAAUCCACCUGUGCUAGCCAGGCCAUAAAAUGUACUGCCAACCUGGAUGGUCCGUGGCACACUCGCCAGGGAUACAUUUUCACUUGCCAAUGGCUGGUGAUGAGUGGAAAUUGUGAACCCUGAUAACGCUAAAAGAAACUGAACAGGUUUUUUGGCUUAAGUUAAAGGUGAUUUUUAAGGUCCUGUUUAAUGAUCUAGUUUCCGUGACGGAAAACUGUUACUAUAUUACAAUUUAAAGGUAUAAUAUAGGUGUGACAUACAGGAAUAUACUUAAUACUGGUGUAAAAAGCCCCUUUCUAUUAAUUCUAUGGGGGUUUUUAUGUGUUUUUUUUUUUUUUUCUAUAAAGCCGUGGGCAGGUAAGUGCUGCUGUUGAAGAAUUCAGAAUUUCAGGUGUGGUGUUUUUGAGGGGUUUACCGUAAAUUUGUAGACCUUUUUUAAAAAAAAAACAAAAAAAACGCCAAGCACCACUACAGCCCUUUGAUUAGUGCAGGGAAGUAGUUGGUCUAUUUAUCACAAGGUAGAGGAACACCUUGUUGGUGAACUGCUGCUCACCCCUGAGAAGAGAGCGCUUAUUAUUCUUUUGCAAGUAGUUGGUCGUGCCUGGCAGGCAGGGCCGGUGCUUGGAUUUUUAGGUACAUAGGCGAAGAUGCAUUUUUCCGCCCCCCCCCCCCCCCCAAAAUCUUCACCUAUGUGCCUCUUAACCAGCCCCUCUCCCCUCCCCGACCAUUAGUGGUCCCUUCCGUUCCCUGUCCCUUAGUGUUCUUCCCCCCUUUCCCCCUCCCCCCUUUUUUCCCUGUCUCUUGGUGUUUCUCUCCCAUUCCCUCCCUGUCCCUUGGUGCACCCCCCACCCCUUUAGUGGUCACACUUCCUGGUGUGUGCCUCCUACCUCUAUUGUUGCAUUGCCGAGCGGAGCAGAUCCCCUAAAGGAGCUUCAGUUUUCUGUACCCGGACGGACUGACAGGGAGUGCUCUCUCUGUGAGCACCUCCUGUCAGUCUGGCCAGGUACAGGAAACAGAAGCUCCUGUACCGCGCUCUGCUCCACUACACUCUGUACACACUGACAGUCACACACUCAAUGACAAACACACAGACGUCACUGACAGACACAGACUCAUUGAUCUGACACACACUCAUUCAUUGACACUGACAGACCCACACUGAUUGACACUCAUUGACAGACACACUGAUAGUCACACACAGACUCAAUGACAAACAUACUCUCACUGAUUUGACACACACACUCAUCAUACACUGACAGACACACUCAUACACUCACAUGCACACACACUCAUACAAUCACUCACAGACACACAGACAGUCACUCACUCACAAACACACACUGUCACUCACAGACACACACCGAAGCACACAUUCACUCACAGACACACACACACACACACUGUCACUCACAGACACACACACACACACACUGUCACUCACAGACACGCUCAGUCACUCAGACACACACACACUCAUACAAUCACUCACUCACACACACACACUCAGUCACUCAGACACACAUGCUGUCCCUCACAGACACACAUGCUGUCCCUCACAGACACACAUGCUGUCCCUCACAGACACACAUGCUGUCCCUCACAGACACACAUGCUGUCCCUCACAGACACACAUGCUGUCCCGCACAGACACACAUGCUGUCCCGCACAGACACACAUGCUGUCCCGCACAGACACACAUGCUGUCGCGCACAGACACACAUGCUGUCGCGCACAGACACACAUGCUGUCGCGCACAGACACACACAUGCUGUCGCGCACAGACACACAUGCUGUCGCGCACAGACACACAUGCUGUCGCGCACAGACACUCAUCACAUACAUUCACUAAUAAUUUUAUAAAUAAACAUUUUCCACACAGCCUCCCUACCUGGAGAGCUGGUGUGGAUGCUGGAUCGGUCCCUGGGGUUGCUGGGCGGCGUGCGGCAGUGCUGUGAUCAGGCGCGCGAGGGAGCUCUAAUCUCCACCCUCUGCUCCCUCGCGGGCUGCCUACUGAUGACGUCAUGUUCCGGCUCCCGCGGCAUCAGUAGGCAGCGCGCGAGGGAGCAGAGGGUGGAGAUUAGAGCUCCCUCGCGCGCCUGAUCACAGCACUGCCGCGCGCUGCGCCGGGGGUCGAGAUGGUGGCCGGGCAGGAGGGAGAGCUUCCCUCCUGCCGGUCACUGAAAUAUUGCGCCCCCAGAGCCCGUGCGCCCUAAGGCGGCCGCCUGUGCCGCCUUAUGGACUCGCCGGCCCUGCUGGCAGGAUCCAAGGUAAAUUGUCAAACCUUUCUUAAAUGGCUUCAAUUGUUAUGGGGUGGGGGGAGGUGGCAUGAUACAAGGUAUGUAGUGGUUAUGAUGCUUGGAGUGUUUCUUUACAGACCUACUGUACUGUAUGUAGGCAGCGUAAACGCUGCUGGCACUAUAAAAACCUUAUUGACACUUUGCUCUUGAGCCAUGUCCCUUACAAUUGUCACACGUACAGGGAAUGCUGUCAGGACUGCACAAUGGACGUGCUUUCUGCACGUGUCAGAUUCCUUCACGAUUUCCUAACACUUUCCACUCAAAUCCCUAAGGAUUUCUUUUAGACUGUGACUGCACGCUAUUACCUGCUCCUGGUAUGAUGGGAGCCAUUUGCGGGUAGCGUAACGUUCUGUGAGUGAAUCCUACUGUGGGAGGUUUUACUUUAUGAGGUUGAAUUGCUGGAUUCUUAGACCCCAGAGAUUCGUGUUAUUGUUUAAGUCGUUAGGAACAUUUCUUACUUUCGUCAUUGACAGAGUUAAUCUUUUCUCUGGUCAGUAAAUCCAGGCCCCCGACUCGACCGCCCGAAUGAGGAAAUGGGUCACUCCCUGCAUAUCCUUCUCAAAGGAACAUUGGGAUUUGAAGAAACAAUCUAACCGUUUGUAAUCCAGUGCAGACUGGGCUUAUUUGGUGCUUGUUAACAGAACCCUUAUGUCUGUGAAUACCGAGAGAUAACCCGUGGUACUCGGUUACAAUCCAUUGGCAUUAACACAUCACUGAGCCCACGGAAAGCUGUGUCUGGUACAUGAUGGUACAUGCAGCCCCUUUAAACCUGAUAUUAUAUAUACUUCUCUCUAACAAACUAUGUGAAGUAUGUAACGUGACUAUCUGCCUCUGAAAUCUGCAUUAAUGUUAUAUAUCAUUCCUAACUGCUGUAUAACUUUGCGCAACCAGGUUGCGCUGCCAGCUAGUUCGUAUUUACAGAGUCAGUCUCUAUGGAAAAGAAAUAACUCUGCCUUUAGUGCUAUGCAUUCUAAUAUUUGCAUUAAAGCGUUAAUGUUCUAAUUCUGGGCUAAAUUUAAGCCUUUCCUUACAAGUUUUGUGUUCUCCUUAGUUGGCCAUGUGCUUUUUUAUUUUUUUAUUUUUUUUUUCCAACACUUCAGUUUGUAAGGUCUGUGGAUAUUGUGAUCAUAGCAAGAAGUGUUACUGAGAAUCUGGUAAUUUGAUAACGAGUCAAUUUAUUAGCGCUCCUCUGUAUACGCGGAAUAAAAGUUAUACGCUCUGUCUGCUAGACACCUGGUAACAUGUUAAGACGCUGAUCAGAAAUUCGGUCCGAAGGGUGAUGUAACAAUUGGUGAAAUUGGAAUCUGUUCAUUAUUUUUUAAUUAAAGGGACACUAUAGUCACCAAAACAACUACAGCUUAUUGAAUUUGUUCUGGUGAGUAGAAGCAUUACCUUCAGGCUUUUUGCUGUAAACACUGUCUUUUUAGAGAAAAUGCAGUGUUUACAUUACAGCCGAGUGAUAACUUCACUGGCCACUCCUCAGAUGGCUGUGAGAGAUCCUUCCUGGGUCAUGGCUACCUAAAAUGCAUCCAAACAUUCACUGUCUCCUCCCACUGCAUGCAGACACUGAACUUUCCUCAUAGAGAUUAAUUGAUUCAAUGUAACUUUAUGAGGAGAUGCUGAUUGGCCAGGGCUGUGUUUGAAUUGUGCUGGCUCUGCCCCUGAUCUGCCUGUUUGUCAGUCUCAGCCAAUCCUAUGGGGAAACGCUGUGACUGGAUCAGGCCUCCACUUCUAAUGAUGUCAGUAGACUGCAUGCAGAUCUACAGCUUCUGGCUUGAAUACAGUAAGAUUUUGCUAUAUUUAUGGAGGCAUGAGGGGUCCAGGAGGGCUAGAUGGUGGUUUUAACACUAUAGGGUCAGGAAUACAUGUUUGUGUUACCCCACUCAACAGUUGUUGUUUUUUGUUUUAUCCUUUUUUACUUUAAUUUAUUUUUUAUUUUAAAACCAAUUAACUUGGCUUGCAUGUUGCUAUUCCAUUUUUCAGUUCAGUUUAGUGAGUAUGCCUGUGGAUUUGUUAUUUAGUCUCUGAGCUGUAACGGAGUCAUAAUUAUUAUUUUGUUUAAAAUACCCAGCUUAAACUCCUUGGAGACCCAUUUCGUGUUACGCAUUGUGUUACUAAUGGUGUCAGUGUGAGACUGACCAUUUCUUGACUGAUGCAUUAAAUAGUGAUUUUAAAUAAUACAUGUGUUUGUUUUGUGGGGUGGAGAUUUUUUUUUUUUUAGUUUUUUUUAGUUUUUCCUCAUUUUUCUUGAAAUUGAUGUAUUCAAUGUUUAAAAAUGCAAGCCUUUCAGUAGCACUCACAUCUGUUUGUUUUAACAUGUUCUGUCUGGUUACUUUGACUAAUUGUAAGCUGUUCCUAAUGAUUUUUUUUUUUUUUCUCCCUCUUUCUCCAGAGCUGAUCGGGGCUCAGAAUGAGUUGGAGUUUUUUAACACGUCUCCUUGAAGAGAUCAACAACCAUUCUACCUUUGUGGGAAAGGUUUGGUUGACUGUCCUGAUCAUAUUCCGAAUUGUCCUGACCGCUGUUGGUGGGGAGUCUAUAUACUAUGAUGAACAGAGCAAGUUUGUGUGUAACACGCAACAGCCUGGGUGUGAGAAUGUGUGCUACGAUGCCUUUGCACCGCUCUCUCACGUCCGGUUCUGGGUCUUCCAGAUUAUCCUCAUCACUACCCCAUCGAUAAUGUACUUGGGUUUUGCCAUGCACCGCAUUGCUCGCCGUCCAGAGCAAUACAAGCAGCAACAGUUAAAAAAUGCGAGCCGCAAGAAGAGAGCCCCUGUAGUGCACCGGGGUGCUAUGAGGGAUUAUGAGGAAAAAGAGGAUAAUAAUGAGGAGGAUCCCAUGAUCUGUGAAGAGGUGGAACAAGAGAAAGAUAUAGAUAAUGAUAAAAAGAAACAUGAUGGUCGCCGUCGCAUCAAGCAAGAUGGCCUGAUGAAGGUCUACGUGUUACAACUGCUUUUCCGCUCUGCCUUUGAAGUUGGCUUCCUGAUGGGACAGUAUAUAUUGUAUGGGUUCGAGGUGAUCCCAUCCUACGUGUGUACCCGGAGUCCAUGCCCUCACACUGUGGAUUGCUUUGUCUCUCGACCAACUGAAAAGACAAUCUUCCUACUCAUCAUGUAUGCUGUCAGUGGCCUCUGCCUUCUGUUGAAUAUAUGUGAACUGUUUCAUCUCGGCGUUGGUGGCAUCCGUGACUCCCUCCGUUCCAAGAGCCAAGCAUCUCGGGAGGCAGAGUUAGCCAAAAAAUCCCCCAGUGCUCCUCCACACUACCACUCUGUAUUGAAAAAAGGAAAGAUGCCCAAUGGAAAACUGUACUCACAUGUUGAAGCUGCUGAGGCUUUUGAGAUGCCGACGAUGCAUUCUGGUCAGCAUGAACUUGACAGACUCCGGCAGCACCUCAAGUUGGCUCAGGAACAUCUCGACCUAGCCUUCCAGAUGAAUCCAUCUGACACUGCCAACGCGUCUCGGAGCAGCAGCCCUGAAGCCAACAGCAUUGCAGCAGAACAGAAUAGACUAAAUUUUGCUCAGGAGAAAGGAGUAGGGAACCAUGAGAAAUCUGGUAAGUUGUGCGCAAUGGAAGAAGUGUAUAAGGACUGUUUUAUGUAGAUUUAAUAUAUUACACAAUUCUUUUUACACUAUGGCUAAUCCAGUACCAAGACAGCCCAAUCCUCAUACUGUGACGUGAUCAACAUUCAUGCCUUGUCACAUCAAAUGUGUUUUUAUGGGAAAUCACUGUGGUUAUAUGGCAGGCACAUGGUUUAUUACAUCUAUCCCCCAAAAUAACUUCAUUAAUAUAGUGAUUGGGGAGCCUAGCCUGUCCUUUUUGUGUGCAUGAUGUUGCUGUUUCUCUUCAAAAUCCAGAUUUUAGAAUAAUAUUUACCCAAUGCUGUUGCUUAGUCAAAGUUUCAGAAAUACGUGCAUUAUGGAAGAGUCAUGCUAAUUGUCUUACAGGGACUCUAUAGACCAUUUGAUAUCACGGGUGCAGUGUCUCGGUCCUCCUUGCCCUACAUGCAAAACACUGAUAUUUUUUAUAUAGUUUCCAUUGCAAAGUUAUAUCCACCUCUAGUGGCUGUCUUGCAAGCUAAUGCUCCAGAUAAUGCUUAGCCACCAUCUGACCCAGUGUUGCAGUCACCUGGGAUCAAGACCGAUGAUGGCUGACCUUUGACAUUGUUUCUGACCACAUAUUAAGAGGGGGUGCAGCACGUAUUGUGAAAUAUUGUCAAACGCUGUUCCAGUGUCCUAGAUAAUUUUUCUAUUGUGAAUGGAUCACAGUAAACCCUCCGACAUAUUUAGUGAAUAAAGUAAGGCCAGACGAAGUGUGCUAAUUCAGGACGUUUCUAAUCACAAACCAUAAAUACCAUAAUGGAAAUCUCUAAAUUUGGAUCCUGGGCUUCAGAUGGACCUUAUAAAAAUCUAUGAUGGCGUCCGUUUUGAAGUGACCUGAAAUGCCAUGAAAGUCAUGAUCCAUCAAUAUUCACUUUUAUUAGGUUACGGAGUUCUUAUUUCUUUGAACAAUGAUUUAGGUACUGUAUCUAUCCUGCUUCCCAUUAACACAUGACAAUGCCCAAUCCAAGUGUUUAACAUGGCGGCUGUCUCCACAUGGUCAUUAUAAGCCGCAUAUGGUUUCUUAAUUAAACCUAUUUGGAUCAUUUAUAAUCCAGCUUGAGUAAGCCCCACUGAGCUGUUACAAUGACUUCCACAAAGUCUUUCUUAUAAAAAGCCAUAAAUAUCUUUGUGUUUUCAAAAUGUUGAGCAAACUGUAUAAACGCAGAAAUUAUCUGUCUCUUCGUAUAAAAAGCUUAAUCAUGUUUAGUCUCUUAUUCUUCCACUCAAGAAGGAUGUGUUAAUAAUUACACAAGUAAAUAAUAAAUACGUUUGUUUUGUUUUUUUUGCGGUGUCAAAUCAGAGAUGGCUCUCUCAGACGUGAUUUAGUAAUAGCUUUUUAAUUUCUGGAGUUUUGUAGUGUAUAGUACAAUAACAUUUUAUAUAAAUUAUUCUAUAUAAUUAUAGUCUUUAAUUGCUUUAUAUUGUUGUUUUCUUGUUGAAGAUAACGUUUCUAACCAGGUUUCUCUCUCUCUAUCUUUCACAGGUUUGUGAUCUUUGGAUGAUGGGGUGGGGGAAGGGGGAGAUUUGGAUUUUUUUGCAAGCUCUACAACACGACUGGAAUUACGUUACCAAGAGGUCCUGACCCUCUCCUAGCAGGGAAGCCGUACAAUGGCUGGAGAAAAAGGGAACAUUUGGGGAGGGCUGGGUUUGUGAAUGAACCUCUGUUUAGCGGACUGACAGCUCAGGCUGUGCCGCGUCUUGGAAGGUUUGUUUUUUUUGUGUAAUAUCUUCUGUUACCCGACUCACUGCUGCCGCUCGCUGCCAACAGUGGAGAAGGAAGAUGCCACUGGUUUACAUGGGCUGCUCAUUACGGGAAUUUUGUCGCUAGCAUUAACUUUUUAUUUUUUUUAUAUGUAUAUUUCUUUUUAGCUUAGACAUUUUUUUUAAUUUACUCCGGUCAAUGUUUGUAGCUUUCUCAAGCAGUGGUUGAAAAAAACCAAAAAAAAAAACAUACAAUGAACUAUGAAUUUUCAUUUAGAAUAAGACAGUCCUUUUCCUGCUUUUUUUUUCUUAUUUGUAACUUUUUAUAUUUUUAAUUUUUAAAAAAAAAAAAUUAAGUUUAGUUCAGAGUUGGAGAAUCAGUUUUGUAUUUUUUGUAUUUUUUUGUAAAGCUAUUAAGUCCUUUUUAUAUUCCUAUCUGGAAUGCAUAAAGGAAUAGUGUGGCCACCAUAAACACUUCAUCUCAUUGAAGGGAUUGUGAUGCCUGGAGAACCCUGUCACCGUCCCAUUGUCAUCAUCCAUUUUAAAUACCUGAUCACUGAAUAAUGAUCCUAGGGUUUACCCCUUCCCUCGCUUGAGGUAUGUUUAAGGUGGAUUGUAAAUAUCCCAAUUCAUACCAGCUCUCAGCUAUCACACUGUCACAGUACAAUUAGCUUAAGCAGCAGAGAGGGUCCAUGCUGUGGGGCUCAGGGACCAUCAUUCAAUAUUAAACUGAUCAAAAAGUAUUUAACAUUGAACAGUGAAAUAGCCCCAGGAGACUACAGGUCAUCAACAUGUCAACGCGAAGUGUUUAUGGUGUCUAGAGUGUUUCUUUAAACAUUUUUUUUUUUUUUCCCUUCCGUAAACACUAGGUAAUUAAAUAGCCCCUUUCUUUGUGUAGAAUUCUUACUGGCUUAGUCAUUUUGUUUAGGUCUAAAAGUGGUCCUUUCCAUGUGUAGGACUGAAAAUUUCAGCUGUUUGGCCAGUGACUUGUAACGUUUAAGGUUAACAAGUCACAGGUUUCACUGCUCCUGCUGAUUUGCCUCCUGUGACUUUGUGCAAAAUGAAGAUUCUUUCACUGCAGGAAAAGUGAGAAAUUGGGAUCUUGACUGUUGUGUGUAAAGAAAAAUCCCACAUUUACCAAAGCCCUUGUUAAGUUUACACACUCUUUUGUGGAGAAGUUUACAAUGUGUCGGUACUCUGGGAUUGUAUAUAAAUGAUAGGUUGCGGUACUAAAGAGUAGAGCAUUGUCUUGCAAACUUGUGGCUGCUGUUUGACUGCAACUCCUAUCACCAAUGGCCGGCUGAAGUUGAUAGGAGUUGCAUGAUAACAGUUCCCGGCUGCUCAAGCUGUAAUGUUGGAGACAAAAUCCACUCCAGCCACUGUUUGCCAUUUUGGCUGUUAAGAGGUUAAUAAGGGAACUGAACCAUACAUUUCUGGAUUCUGUCUCAAAGCUGUUGUGACUUUAUUGUUUAUUAACAUUUUGUUUAUCUCUGCGUGCCUUGAUUUUUUUACCAGCUACAAGAGAAAUGCCCUGUUUGUCUGCUGUGCUGACUGGCAUCUGGACGACGUGGUUUGGAAGAUGAACACACGGGGGGAGGGGGAUACUUAUUUUCCACUUCCUUCUUGUUUGGAACAUUUCAAACAUUCCAUCGCAGCCUUUUUUGUUUCUCAUAUUUGUUGACGAGUCGUGCCUCCCUUCACUGAUGUAUUUAAAGGGCUAAAAUGUAUCAUUCCAAUUUACAAAUGGGGAAUACUUGAAUUCCUACUGUUCUGGAUAUUUUUUGUUGAUUACCAGUAAAUUGGUUACCUGCACAUUCCAUUGAUCACCCCUUUUCCUUCCAAAUGCUCAAACUGACCACUUAUCUUAAGGUUGGGGGGUGUUAUGUAUAGCAUUUUUUUGUUUAAAUGUGAGCCUCUGUUCCCUUCAUGUGACAGUUUCUGGCGGUUAAAGGACUAGUUUGGGUCUAGGCAUUGAACACUUGGUUUAGAUUCCUGACUGCGUCUCUCACAUGUUCCCAGUUACAAAUGUGUGUACUGCGCAGGACUGUAAUGAAGCAGUUAAUCUCUCCUAAACUGGUCACUCAAAGUCUUACAGUUCAUCUCAGAACCUCAUCUCAUUUUUAUUUGUAUUAUGGGAUGUUAGUUUGUAUGGGAGUUUUUUUUUUUUUAUAUAUUAUAUGUAUACCUUUUUAUUUUUAUUUUUUUAACUGAAUAUUUCAUGGUACUGGAAUUUUGUUUUGCUUUGUUUUUUAUACAUAUAACAAUAAAAAAAAUUAAAAAAAAA